CAAGAACCUCCUGAGCAACCUUUAGAACAUCUCAGUGACCACUGCAGAACCUCCUGAGGAACCUGGUGAUGGGUAAAAUCAGAGAGGUGUAGAACAGUAGAACCAAACACAGACUGAACUGAAAUCCAACAUGGAGUAUGUUCAGAGUCUCUAGAACAUCCUGGGUUCUACUGUUGUUCUCUCGGUCAGUGCAGAGAACACUGUCUGAUUCAACAUGACCACCUCGGGUCAGAUGAUAAAUCAUUGAUGAGCAGCAGCCAACGGCAGGUUAUUGAUUUCCUGUGUUUUCCUGUUACCCGCUCCACCGUCCAGCAGGUGGAGCUGGAUCUCCGUGUCAAACAGAAGAAGGCUGCAGAACCUGUGACCGUCACAUUUCGCUUCAGCUGUAAAAUGUCUCAGAUCGGAGACCUGCGGGUGUUGGUGAGACGCAGGCUGGCGGCUGCUGCGGAGGAGAUCUGCGGGGUUCUGGAUCUGGCCGUGGGGGGCUUGGAAGAGGAGGUCCGCCGGCAGCGGAGGCUGCUGGACACGGUGCUCAACCCGGAGAUCCGUCUGCAGAGAGCCGAUGUUGAGCAGCUGCUGAGGAAAGAAGAGGUUCCCCCUGAGCAGCAGGAGUGGAGCCCCAGUCUGGACCAGGAGGACCCAGAGCCCCCCCACAUUAAAGAGGAACAGGAGGAAGUGUGGAGCGGUCAGGAGGGAGAGCAGCUUCAAGGGCUGGAGGAGGCUGAUAUCACCAAGUUCACCUUCACUCCUGUCCCUGUGAAGAGUGAAGAUGAUGAAGAGAAACCUCAGAGCUUCAUCAGAGUCAGACUGAGGAGAACAGAGAGGACUGUGGAGGACCAGGACCAGACAGGAACCCAGGUCCAGAUCAUCUUUCAGGACCAGAUGAGGAUUAAACGACUUCAGACGUCAGCGAUGAGCUGAGGGAAACCAGGAAACAUCAGUCAGGUUUCGCCUCAGUGAAGAAGGUCAGCUGUUCUUCAAGUGUGAGAUGGUUUCACUGCCCUGAGUGCGGGAAACGAUUCAGUCAAAACUCAAACCUGAAGACUCACAUGAGAAUUCACACAGGAGAGAAACUGUUCAGCUGCUCCAUCUGCAGUAAAAGAUUCAUACAGAAGAUCCACCUGACGCACCACAUGGCCCGACACACCGGAGAGAAACUGUUUACCUGCUGUGUUUGUGAUAAAACCGUUAUCAGCGAGUUUCUGUUGAAUGAACACACUCAACUCCACGCAGGAGAAAAGUCCUUCACCUAUGAAUUCUGUGAGAAGAGUUUUGGACAGAGGCUGGCGCUCAUCAUUCACACUAGGAUCCACACAGGAGAAAAAACAUUUAAAUGUUCAGUCUGUGAGAGGAAAUUCAGUCAGGCUUCAAAUUUAAAGGUUCACAUGAGAAUCCACACAGGAGAGAAACCUCACUGCUGCUCCAUCUGUGGAACAGGAUUCACCCAGAGAUUGAAUCUGCUGAAACACAUGAGGAGGCACCAAUUCUCCUGACAGGAAGUCUGAUCUGGACCCUGAUCUGGACCCUGAUCUGGACCCUGAUCUGGACUCUGAUAUGGACUCUGAUGUGUUGCUGGUUUCUGUUGAAAUGUUUGACAAGAAAGUUUCAUUCAUUCGUAAUAAAUUUCUUCUAAUUUGAUUUGGAGCUGAACAGUGAAGCAGUUUUAAACACAGUGUUGAUCCAGUUUUUUCAAAUGUUAGUUCAUUCAGUCCCACAGUGAUGAUGUGUUUCUGUAGUCCAACCUGAAGUUAGCUUCAGCCUGGUUCCUCCACAGGAAAUAAACUGAGACCUGGAGUUUCUGAUCCUUCAGGUUUAGUUGAUCAGAUCAUCUUCACAGAUGAACACCACUGUUCUGAUGUUUGAAGCCUAAAUCCAGUCUCCAGAAGUAAGAAGCUAAUGUUAGGCUAUAAACCAACUACACCACGGUCACAUGACGUCAACGUCUCCACCACUAAGCUUCCAACUGGUCAUUUCAUUUAGCUCUGAGCUCUUCUACAAAGCCUUUCUUCUUAGAAAGUUAGUGAGAGUUUGAAAGAGCGUGAGUAGAAACACAACGAGGCUGUAAAGGUGGACUGGUGAGUAGAUGGGUUUUCAUGUUAAUGUCCCCGACAACCUCUGUAGUCUCAGUUAGACACUCGUUAGCAACCGCCUUUUUUAAGACACGUAAACCACAGACCUUAUUUCAGACAUUUAACCAGAAGGACACUGACUUUAGGAUGAGGGAACAGGAAGAGCUAACAUGCUAACUUACUUCCUGGUUUUAAGCUCAGUCCUGCAGGACUGUCUCUGAUCUUAAAUCAUCUUUAUUUAAUCAGGUAAGAACAGAAAGAAGACACAAAUAAAUAUGACCUUUGACCCCACUGCUCUUAGUGUGUCAGAGCACACACACACAGUGCAUUCAGAAAGUAUUCAGACCCCUUCACUGUUUUCAUAUUUUGUUUUGUUGCAGUCUCAUGAUGAAAUAAAAAAAUCCCCUCAUCAGUUUAUAAUUAAUAAUCACAUUGACAUUAAAUCAGAAUGAAUCACUUCUCUUCAGAUCAGAGAAAUCAGCUGAACCUACCACAGGUGGACUGAUUUAACUCAUUACAGGGUCUGAAUAUUUAUGUUAAUGUAUUAUGUGUUGUCAUUAUGUGAUUAUUAAUUACAAACUGAUGAGACUGCAACAAAACAAAAUAUGAAAAUAGUGAAUGGGUCUGAAUACUUUGUGAAUGCUCUGUGAGUUUUAUUGAAGUUUCAGUUACAAACAUGAACAGACAUCACAAACACUAUAUCAAUUAUAAAUCUAUACAUAUAAAAUACAUCUUUAAAUAUACACGUAUAUGUAGUCAGUGUAGCUUUAUACAAACAGACUUAUUCAUGAUAAUAACAUCAUGAAUGACAACACAAGACCAAUGAAAGUAAAUGAAUCAGAAAUAAAGGUGAUCAGAGGUUUUCUGUCAGUUUAGUUUUUAUUUGAAUUAUUUUCAGAUUAGACAGGAAAUAUCAGGUUUUUACACAUGUACAGAUAAAAACAAUGAAACAGAUCAGAGAGGAAACGGAAUCUAAAUCAGUUCAGUUUGUAAAGAAGAGAAAAAAUGAAUGGAUGUUCAGGUUUGAUCUGAGUUUAAUAAACACACUUUCCUUCAUGGAUCCAGUUUUGUGUUGUAGAUUUAAAAUGUCUGACAUGUUUCCAUGACGACGCCUCGUCUAAAAACACUUCCUGUAAAUAAACUGUUAAAGUGUGAUCAGUGAUCAAUAAAAUCUUCAGUUUCAUAAAGAAACAAAUGAUUAAAACUUUCACAGUCUGAUGUUUACAGAUGUCUCUUCCUUCGUCUGUCAGUUUCAAAUCCAGACACAGAAAGAUUCUGUUUGAUUUCUGAUGAGAAAAGUCUUUUAUUUUUUGUUUCAUUUGAACUCCACAGAUGAAAACUCACUGAUGAUUCAUCUUCACACUGAUGACAUGAAUGUAUGAUCUGAUGAAUGAGAUGAAGAGAGGACAAAGCUCUGAUUCUGCUUCACUGAUAAAAACAGAACUUUUUAUUAAAGAACCUUCUUCAGUUUGAA